AUGGCGGAUCAAAAGAAGGAGAACAACCUCGCGCAGUUCAAGUAUGCGGCCAUGUCCAACCUGGUCCUCCAGGCGGACCGCAGGUUCGUCACUCGCCGUGGCGACGAGAACACCGGAGACCCAGAGUCACUCGCCGGCCGCCUCAGCAUUCGAGACAUGGGCUCGCGAACGGCGAGGGAAGCUGCGCCGGUGCACAAGAAAGGUACGGGACCUGCGGGUGUGGUGCGCGGCAGCAUACGGGAGGGCGAGGAUGUGUUGGAGCGAGAGCAGAAGAAGAGGAAGAGGGGCGAGCCGGCGCAGAUGAGGGGCGUGGGCAUCCUGUCGCAGGAUUUGGACAUUGCGGGGCUCAGCUAUCGCCCGAGGACGCCGGCCACGAGGGCGACGUACGACUUGAUCAUCACAAUCGUGGGCAGGAGUCUGGGAGACGUGCCGGCGUCGGUCACCCUAAGCGCGGCGGAUAUGAUCCUGGAGUACCUUAAGAACGACGACAUGAAGGACUAUGACAAAAAGAAGGAGAUUGAUGAUAUUCUGGGGACGACCAUGGGCUCGAAGGAGUAUAACGAGCUGGUUAAUCUCGGGAAGAAGAUCACCGACUAUAACGCCCAGGACGACGAUGAGGCGACGGACGGUGCGGACGGUGCGGCAAACGACGCCGAACUUGACGAACGGCAAGGCGUCGCUGUUGUCUUCGACGACGAAGAUGAUGAGGAUGAAGGGCAGACUCGUGAAGUCAUCGACGAGGGUGAAACCUCUGAUGAGGACGCAGACGAGUUUGCCGAUCGCAACGGCGCCGAAGAAGCUGCUGCCGCUGGCGGUGCAGCUGAUGUCGAAGCAGAUGGCGCCUCGCCGGACGAGGACGGUGGGAUGGUCAUCGACUCUGGUCAAACGAACCGGGACUCCAAGUCAAAAGCUGAGGACAAAGUUGUACCGGCUUACGAGAUUGAUGCCUACUGGCUGCAGAGGCAAAUUGGACAAGUCUACGAAGAUGCCCAUACACAACAGGAAAAGACGCGAGAUGCGCUGCAAAUCAUGUCUGGCGAGUCGGAGGAUGGUGAAGAGAAGGCAUUGCGCGAGAUCGAGAACGAUCUCAUGGAUUUAUUCGACUACGAACAUCACGAGCUAGUCGAGAAGCUGGUGUUGAACAAGGACAAGAUUGUCUGGGUCACCAGAUGGCGACAGGCUGCGGAAGACCAAGCUGCUAGGGCGGCCGUCGAGCGUGAGAUGAUUGCAUCAGGUCAUCGAAGUAUUCUUACCGAGCUACGCACUAGGGAAACCGUGGAGGAUGGCUCUGGAGCAGCUCCUAGUAAAAAGAUGAAGCUGGAUCUCAUGGACAUAGACGUGCCAUCGGCAGCCAAAGAUACAGACAUGGCCGAUGGAGCGAAAGAGGGAGGAUUGGUUGGUGGUCUGCAGCCAAAGCGGCUCAUCAACUUGGAGAACCUCGUAUUCGAUCAAGGCAACCAUCUCAUGACGAACCCUAACGUCAAAUUACCACAAGGCUCGACGAAACGCACGUUCAAGGGUUACGAAGAGAUCCACGUCCCAGCUCCGAAACCAAGACGAGAUGCGAACGACCCUAGGAACAUGCCCACCUCUGAGCUGCCCGACUGGGCCAGACCAGGCUUUGGCACGUCGAAAGAGCUCAAUCGGAUCCAAACAAGAUGUUUUCCGACUGCGUUCAACGACGACGGGAACAUGCUCAUCUGCGCCCCCACUGGCUCCGGUAAGACUAACGUUGCGAUGCUGGCCAUGCUUCGCGAGAUUGGCAAGCACCGUAACCCGGAGACUGGAGAGAUCAACCUUGAUGAGUUCAAGAUCAUCUACAUCGCUCCGCUCAAGGCCCUGGUGCAAGAACAGGUUGGCAAUUUUGGAAAGCGGCUUGAACCCUACGGAAUUCGUGUGUCUGAACUUACCGGUGACCGUCAGCUCACGAAGCAACAAAUCGCUGAUACCCAGAUCAUUGUCACAACGCCUGAGAAGUGGGACGUCAUCACCCGCAAAGCCACCGAUACAAGCUAUACCAAUCUCGUGCGUCUCAUCUGCAUCGACGAGAUCCAUCUGCUCCACGACGACCGCGGCCCCGUGCUCGAGAGCAUAGUCAGCCGCACCAUCCGUCGUAUGGAGCAGACUGGGGAUGCAGUCCGCUUGGUUGGUCUGAGCGCUACCUUACCCAACUACCGCGAUGUUGCAAGCUUCCUUCGUGUGGAUCCUCUCAAAGGGUUGUUCCAUUUCGAUGGUUCUUACAGGCCUUGCCCGCUCAGGCAGGAGUUCAUUGGCGUCACUGAGAAGAAGGCAAUCAAGCAGCUCAGAACUAUGAACGAUGUCUGCUACACCAAGGUGCUUGAGCAGGUUGGCGAGAACAGGAACCAGAUGCUCAUCUUCGUCCACUCGCGGAAGGAGACUGCGAAGACCGCGAAGUACAUUAGGGACAAGGCCCUCGAGUUGGAGACCAUCGGUCAGAUUCUUCGGACUGACGCUGCUAGCCGAGAAAUCUUGAGGACGGAAGCCGAGGGCGUUACAAAUGCGGACCUCAAGGACCUGAUGCCUUACGGGUUCGGUAUCCAUCACGCAGGAAUGAGCCGCGCAGAUCGCACUUCAGUCGAGGACCUCUUCGCUGACGGUUCUUUGCAAGUAUUGGUUUGCACCGCAACUCUAGCCUGGGGCGUCAAUCUUCCUGCCCACACCGUCAUCAUCAAGGGAACGCAGAUAUACUCGCCGGAAAAGGGUAGCUGGGUGGAACUGAGCCCUCAGGAUGUGCUGCAGAUGCUUGGCCGUGCCGGUCGACCACAGUACGACACUUUCGGUGAAGGCAUCAUCAUCACUACUCAGAGCGAAAUGCAGUACUACCUGUCCCUCAUGAACCAGCAGCUUCCGAUCGAGUCCCAGUUCAUAAGUAAGUUGGCAGACAAUCUGAAUGCUGAAGUGGUCCUUGGCAAUGUCCGGUCGAGAGAUGAGGGUGUUGAGUGGCUUGGUUACACGUACCUCUUCGUGCGAAUGCUUAGGUCGCCCGGCCUGUACAGCGUUGGUGCAGAAUACGAGGACGACGAGGCUCUCGAGCAGAAGCGGGUCGAUCUGAUUCACUCCGCCGCAGUUGUGCUUGAGAAGUCGAAUCUCGUCAAGUACGACAAGCGAUCAGGGAAGCUUCAGCAUACCGAACUUGGGAGAGUCGCCUCGCACUAUUACAUCACCCACAACUCGAUGCUUACAUACAACCUGCAUAUUCAGCCAUCUAUCUCUACCAUCGAACUCUUCCGUGUUUUUGCGCUCAGCGACGAGUUCAAGUACAUCCCGGUUCGACAGGAUGAGAAGCUCGAGCUCGCAAAGCUGCUUGGCCGGGUGCCUAUACCGGUCAAGGAGAGUAUCGACGAACCUCAUGCGAAGAUCAAUGUGCUCUUGCAAGCUUACAUCUCGCGUCUCAAACUAGAAGGCCUGGCACUCAUGGCUGAUCUUGUCUAUGUGACUCAAUCAGCCGGUCGUAUCCUCAGAGCAAUCUUCGAGAUCGCACUGAAGAAGGGAUGGGCGUCAGUUGCAAAGACUGCUCUAGAUCUCUGUAAGAUGGCCGAAAAGCGAAUGUGGCCUACCAUGAGCCCACUGCGGCAGUUCCCCUCGUGUCCUCGAGACAUUAUUGCUAAAGCGGAGCGGAUCGACGUCCCGUGGUCAAGCUACUUUGAUCUCGACCCGCCACGGAUGGGCGAACUUUUGGGCAUUCCAAAAGCCGGAAAGACUGUUUGCGCGCUGGUGCAGAAGUUCCCUCGCCUUGAACUCCAAGCGCAGGUUCAGCCCAUGACACGCUCUAUGCUUCGUGUUGAACUCACAAUCACGCCCAACUUCGAGUGGGAUGAAGCGUUGCAUGGUGGUGCUGAAGGCUUCUGGAUCCUGGUUGAGGACUGCGAUGGCGAAGACAUCCUGUUCCAUGACCAGUUCCUUCUACGUCGCGACUAUGCGCAGUCGGAGAUGAAUGAGCACUUGGUCGAGUUCACCGUGCCGAUUACUGAACCUAUGCCACCUCAUUACUUCAUCACAGUCAUCUCCGACCGAUGGAUGCAUGCCGAGACCAAGCUCGCGGUCUCCUUCCAGAAGCUCGUACUACCGGAGAAGUUUCCUCCUCACACCGCACUACUCGAGCUGCAGCCUCUUCCAGUCGCAGCGCUGAAGCGGCAAGACUACCAGGCACUUUACGAAAACUUUGGGCGGUUCAACAAGAUCCAAACCCAGGUCUUUAACUCUCUCUUCGCCUCGGACGACAACGUCUUUGUUGGCGCAGCCACAGGUAGCGGCAAGACUGUCUGUGCGGAGUUUGCGCUGUUACGGCACUGGGCGAAGUCUGACAACGGUCGCGCAGUCUACAUUGCGCCUUUCCAAGAACUGGUCGACGCCCGCUUCAGGGACUGGCAAGAACGCUUCGCAAAGGUCGCCGGCGGCAAGCAAGUGGUCAAGCUUACUGGCGAGUCCACAACAGACCUGCGGCGACUUGAGAUGGGUGAUCUUAUCUUGGCUACUCCGACCCAGUGGGACAGCAUCUCUCGGCAGUGGCAGCGGCGAAAGAACGUACAGAGCGUCAAGCUGUUCAUUGCAGAUGAUCUCCACAUGCUCGGUGGCUCGGGCGGCUAUACGUACGAGGUCAUUGUGUCUCGCAUGCAUGCCAUGACGCUUCAGCUGGAGUCUUCCAUGCGCAUUGUUGGCCUCAGUGUCUCGUUAUCAAAUGCCCGCGACAUUGGCGAGUGGAUUGGAGCCAGCAAGCAUACGAUUUUCAACUUCAGCCCUCAUGUGCGAGCUGUGCCUCUCGAACUCCACAUCCAGUCCUACACGAUCCCGCACUUCCCCUCUCUUAUGCUCGCUAUGGCCAAGCCGGCGUACCAGGCUGUCCUGCAGCUGUCACCCGACAAGCCAGCGAUGAUAUUCGUACCAAGCCGAAAGCAAGUGCGCCAGACAGCCUUCGAUCUACUUGCAGCCUGCACCGCCGACAACGACGAGGACCGCUUCCUGAACGUUGAUAUCAACGAGAUCGCUUCGGUCCUUGAAAGGAUCAAUGAGCGAGCACUCGCCGAGUCCAUGUCUCACGGUAUUGGUUACUUUCACGAGGCUCUCAGUCCGUUCGACAAGAAGGCUGUUGAGCACUUUUUCCGCGUGGGCGCCAUCCAGGUCUUGCUCGUUUCGAGAGACUCCUGCUGGGAAAUUAAUGUCAACGCCCACCUUGUCGUUGUCAUGAACACUCAAUUCUUCGAAGGUCGUGAGCAUCGCUAUAUCGAUUAUCCAAUCAGUGAGGUGCUCCAGAUGUUCGGCAAAUCCGGUCGACCUGGCACGGACAAGACAAGCAAGGGUGUCCUCAUGGUACCGCAAGUCAAGCGGGAAUACUACAAGAAGUUUCUGAACGAGGCGCUACCUAUGGAGAGUCACCUCCAGGCUAACCUCCACGAUGCGUUCGUUGCUGAGAUCAGCUCGAAAACCAUCGAGUCAACCCAGGAUGCUGUCGAUUGGUCCACUUAUACGUACUUCUACCGUCGACUGCUCGCCAAUCCAAGCUACUACGGACUUACCGAUACCUCACAUGAGGGCCUCAGCACACAUCUGUCAGAGCUUGUCGAAACAACACUCAAGGAUCUCGAGCAAGCUAAGAUUAUCGAGCUUGAUGAAGAGGACGAUUCCAUCACGCCGCUAAACCCAGCCAUGAUCGCAGCAUACUACAACAUCUCCUUCAUCACCAUGCAGACGUUCCUCCUCUCGCUAACCGGCCGCACCAAGCUCAAGGGCAUCCUCGAAAUCGUCACCUCCGCCACCGAGUUCGAGAACAUUCAAAUCCGGCGGCACGAAGACCACGUACUGCGUCGGAUCUACGACCGCCUGCCCGUUAAGAUGGCGGAGCCUAGCUACGAAUCCCCGCACUUCAAGGCGUUCGUCCUGCUACAGGCCCACUUCUCGCGGAUGCAGCUGCCCAUAGACCUCUCCAAAGACCAAGAAGCCAUCCUGCGUAAAGUGCUCAACCUCCUCAGCGCCUGCGUCGACGUCCUCUCCUCCGAAGGCCACCUCAACGCCAUGAGCGCCAUGGAGAUGUCGCAGAUGGUGGUACAGGCGAUGUGGGACCGCGACAGCCCUCUGAAGCAGAUCCCGCACUUCGACAACGAGGUCGUCAAGGCGGCCAACGACGCCGGCAUCACCGAUGUCUUUGAGUUCAUGGAGGCGAUGGAUCCGGAGGAGAACCCGAACUACAACGCGCUGAUCAAGAAGCUGGGGCUUAGCAACAAGCAGCUCGCCGACGCGGCCAAGUUCACGAACGAUGCGUAUCCGAAUCUCGAGCUGGCGUUUGAGCUCGAGGACCCCGAUGAGGUCACCGCGGGCGCGCCGGCGUACAUCAAUAUCACGGUCGAGCGCGAGGUCGACGAGGACAAGGAGCCGAACACCGAGGUGCACGCGCCGUUCUACCCGGGUACCAAGACGGAGAACUGGUGGCUUGUUGUCGGCGAGGAGGAGACGAAGAACCUGCUGGCGAUUAAGAGGGUUACGAUUGGGAAGAGUCUGAAGACGAGGCUGGAGUAUGUGGUUCCGACGCCGGGGAAGCAUAGUUUGACGCUGUACUUGAUGAGUGAUAGCUACAUUGGGGUGGAUCAGGCGCCGACGUUUGAGGUCACGGCUGCGGAGGGUAUGGAUGAGGAUGAGGAGGAUGGAGAGGAGUGA